GUUAUAAUUUUUUUUUUUUAAUAUUCUAAAAUUUUACUAUUUAAUAAGUCUGUAGGAGAAAAGUGUGUAAUGCCGUUCGUGGAGGUCGGUAUAACGCUUCUCGUACUCACCGGUAGCUGCUUUUUCGUAUUGGGAGCCUACUAUCAACACAAUGAUUUCUUGUAUAAACUCCAUAGGCUCAUACAGGAAGAUCCAUACGCUUUCUAUAUACGCGAAAAGCUGUACGAUACGCUCCAACUUUUCAAUCCCAACUGUUUGGACCAAUCAGAUGUAUCCAAUUCGCGUAUGUCACAGAUCAUGAAAUAUGGCUUCCCCGGCUUAGACGACAUACGUGUCUAUUCGGAUUUUAUACUCUCAUACGACCGUCGCAAUCGUGUUGCUCAUUGGGUUUACGAACAUUUACGUGCCCCCUGUGUUAAGAAUACUGGAAAUGGCGUAACUAGUCAUAAAGCUAACUAUCAACCUGAUAUGAGUGUCCCUUCCAACUUUCGUUCUGUUUUGACCGACUAUAAAAAUUCGGGCUUUGAUCGUGGACAUUUGGCAGCCGCAGGCAAUCAUAAAUGCCAUCAAACACAUUGCAAUGAAACAUUUUAUCUAACCAACAUUGCGCCACAAGUGGGAAGGGGUUUCAACCAAGACGCAUGGAACAAUUUGGAGAUUUACGUACGUGAAUUAACCGAAAACUAUGGAUCUGUUUAUGUUUGUACCGGCCCAAUGUAUAAGCCAAAGCGUCAGUUGCAAGAUGUUACUGAAGUGAGAAAUACCAGAACGAAGAAUGAUAAGUGGUGCGUGGAAUAUGAAGUAAUUGGUGAGAAUACCGUCGCCGUGCCGACACACUUUUUCAAAGUUAUCACUGUGGAAUCCAAACUAUCAGGCGGAUCACCCUAUAUGGAAGCGUAUAUAAUGCCAAAUGAACCUAUUAGUAGAAAUGCGAAUAUACGAAAUUUCCUUGCUGACAUCAGAGAAAUCGAACACAUUGCAGGGCUUCAGUUUUUCAAUGGCUUACGCCGGAGCUUCUUUUUUGGCACUAACUAUACCACUACUCCGGAAAUAUAUAAAAAUUUCGCGUAACUUCAUUGUCGUAAGAAUAUAUUUGGAAUGGGCGAUCAGAAUGCAGAACCAUAGAUUGGCCACAAUGUUAUGUUUUUUGAUUCAAAAUUUCUGUUUCAAAGCCACAUAAGCCACGCUAUAGAUUUCACUGAUCCGUAUACUGUUAAAUUACUUUAUAAUUAUCUUGUGCGAUCGAAACCAAAAUAUACUGUUUUCAUCUGUGAACUAUACGAUGAUUGUUGUCAUAUCAAAAAACUUGAAGAAGUUCAAAAAAUUCUACCAUACAGUUGUAGAUGUCUGCUGAUAAACUUUUAAUGGUGGGAAAAAUAUAUAGGAAAAUAUAUAAGUGAUAAAAAAAUUCAGCAUUAGAAGUGGGUCUACGCGUAAACACAGAGAAAACGAAAUAUGUAUAUGCACUUCGCAAAGAAAUCGAGUUAUGAUGCAUACUUUGAAAUCGGUGGUGAAUGCAUACAGAGAGUCGUCAAAUUUAAAUACUUUGGUAUCAGCAGUAAUUCUGACACUUCUCUGGCAAUAAAUGGCCGAGUAAGUGCGGCAAAUAAAGCAUUCUUUGCACACAUUAAAUUAUUCAAGUCUCGAUUGCUAUCAAAAGCUCCAAAGAUGGCAAUGUAUGAUAUAAAGCGCUUGUAAUAUACAGCAGUGAGAUAUGGGUAUACAUAUACACACGACAAUGAGGUUUGAAAGAAAGAUACUGCGAACAAUAUAUGGUCCCUUUUGGCGAGAUAACGGGACAUAAACGAUAAGAUACAAUCACGUGCUCAACGCAUUGCUACAUAACGGAAACUUAAUACGCGUUAUAAAAAGUCAACAAAUCAGAUGGCUGAGACACGUGUACAUAAUGCCCAAAUGGAGAGCUGCCAGUAUAGCAUUCCAUAGACAACUAAUUGGACGGAGAGGUCGAGAGAAACUAAAUAAACGCUGGGUUCACCAUUCUUGUGGAAAAUGGGGGUCACAAACUGGAAAGGGGUAAUAGAGGAUCGAUCGAAGUGGAGAACCAUAGUUGUGGAAGCAAUUGUCUGCACAAGGCUGUAGUGCUAAUUAUGAUGAUGAUGGUAGAGAACUACAAGGUCCGGCACUCGAAGUGUAACCAAUUAUAAUGGUCAUAAAUUUAAUUUGCAAAAUUACCUUUAUUCAAUUUAAAGUAAAAAAUGUGUGAAAAUAAUACAAAAUUAAGAAUCAAUUUACUUUUGCUCGA